UAUAACAAGUAAACAUGCGUAAUAUUUAUUCUAACGAAUACAGUACUAUUGUCCAUCUCAAUAGUACAGCUGGAAGCAUUCAUUAUGGUUGUGGCGGACCGUUAUUUAGCUUAGCCAAAUGAUCAUCGCUAGUUGCUAUCUUGCCAGUCAGCUUUCCUGUAGCUUUCUAAAGCUGGCUAACUUACCUAGCUGCUCGCAUUCACUACGUCUGUGCAGACCGACCUGCGAUGACAUCAGCCGACCCGCGGGGUUGCUCCGUAAUGGCUGCCGUGCGUCUCCCUGUGCGCUGCUCUUGACAGCUGCUGCUAGGCUAGCCCUUAGCGUCUCUCUCUCUCUCUCGUGUGCCGACAGGGCCGUGAGCACGUUCACCUGGCACUCUGGGGCUGCCGCACCCGGAUGUGAACUUUGAACCCGAGGCCUGGAGAGGUUUGAACUUUGAACCCGCUACGCUCCAGCGCUCGCAGAACCGAGCCGUUUCUCACACGUCGGGUCGGCAGAAGGGAUUUUAAACCCACAGAGACGUUUCUCGUUAGCUCUUGGAGCGGAGUCGACAAACAAACAGACUGACUCCUGAGGGCCUGUUUGUUCUGGAACGUUCCCCGGCCUCCGGGGAGCAGCAGAGGACGGCUUCGCCAUUCCCGCUUGGAUUCUGAGACGCAGCCCGCGGCGAUCGGAUCUCCUCCCGCGUUUAAUCUCCGUUUAAUCUCCGCUGUGAAGCACUGCUGGGCCUACACUCGCUAACCGCCCCCCCACACAGUCACCCAAUCACCUGCCACUCAAUUAUCCACCAAUCACCCGCCUGCACAGCCACCCAAUCACCUGCCACUCAAUUAUCCGCCAAUCACCCACCCAACUGCCUCCCAACUGUCGCCCAACUGUCACCCAACUGCCACCAACCGACCACCCACCCAACUGCAUCCCAACUGCCACCACCCCCCCCUCCCCCCUCCCCCGCCGUGGCCCUGGAGACCAUGGAGGGGCUGGAGGUGGAGGACGUGAGCCCGGCCCUGGAGGUGACGGAGGACUUCCUGCACUGCCUGGAGGGCGGAGCCUCGGAGAAGCUCCAGGACGUGACGGUGGUGGGGCGGCUGAGCUCCAGCGGGGUGUGGGGCCUCCUGGCCGGGGAGCAGCUGGAGGUGUCCCCCCGAAACCUGGCCUGGGCCGACCAGCCGCCCCCCUCCUCCUCCUUCGGCCUGUUCGGGGGCCGGCAGGGCAAGCGCAGCCGCGCCCGGUCCACCAAUGACCUGGCGGCCCACGCCAAAGACCCCGCCCCCAGCGGCGGAGGCCCCGCCUCCAACUCCGCCUUCAAGCGCGGGCACAACCGCUCGCGCUCCGACGCCAACUACCGGACCUACACCGACAACGGGGUGCCGACCGCCGACAAGAACGCGCUGAAGAACAUGAUCCUGAACGAGACCCGCGACGGCGAUAAGGUGGGCAGCUCCACGCUGGUGAAGCAGGGGCAGAUGGAGCAGAGAGAGGGCCCCUCGGGCCGCUGGACGUCCUGCCACGUGGAGCUGACCCCCUGUGAGCUGCGUCUGUACAGCCUGGACAGCAGCGGGAACCGGCAGCUCUGCACGGCCUACUCCCUGUCCCACUGCCAGGGCGUGGGUGCGCCCCUGCCCCAGGACCCGCGCGUGCUGCAGGCCCUGUUCUUCAACUGCACCCGGCUGCAGCUGCGCGCGCCCUGCCAGUGGGGGGCGCUGGACUGGCGCCGGUGCCUGUGGGAGAGGGUGCUGGCCGCCCGGCCCUCCUCCUCCUCCUGCGAGCCUUCCCAUCAGCCCCUGCAGCCCGGCGGGCAGACGGCCGAGCCGCCGCACGCCCCGCGGCCCCUGACCCGGCCCACCGCCCUGCCCCUGUUCACCAAGCGCUGCCGGGACGUGCUGAAGGCGGGGCUCCUGCACCAGCUGGUCGACCUCAACAACUGGCGGGCGUUCACGUUCGUGCUGACGGCGGCGCGGCUCCAGGCCUUCCCCACGGAGGGCCGGGGCCCCGUCUCGGAGCCCGUGCUGCGCUACGCGCUGGCGUCCUGCCUGGCGGUGCAGCGGGACGGCGACGCGGAGGAGGGGGCCGGGCUGCAGGUGGUGUUCCCCGGCGAGGUGCUCCGUCUGCGGGCGGCCAGCGAGCGCGAGGCCCAGGACUGGGCCGAGGCCCUCAGGAGGGCCGCCGUCGCGGCCGCCGCCCAGAGGCCCCAGGAGGGGGACGGGGCCGGCGACGGGGCCGGGGAGGGCGGGGGCCCCGCCCCGGUCGCCGUGGUGAUGCGGAGCAAGCCCUCGCGGGAGCGCCGCCAGCGCGACUCCCAGAGGGCCAAGCGGCAGUCCGUCACCACCAGCUUCCUGGGCAUCCUCACACGCCUGGCCGUGGAGAAGGGGCUGACCAAUCAGAGCUUCAGGUGUGCAGGGUGUCAGAGGCCGGUGGGGCUCUCCCGGGGGAAGGCCAAGGUGUGCCGCUACAGUGGCUGGUACUACUGCCACAGCUGCCAUGACGACGACCUCUUCCUCAUCCCCGCCCGCCUGGUGCACAACUGGGACACCACCCGACACAAGGUGUCGAAGCAGGCGAAGGAGUUCCUGGAGUUUGUGUACGAGGAGCCGCUGCUGGACGUGGCGCGGCUGAACCCGGGGCUGUACGCGCACUGCGAGGGCCUGGCCGCCGUGCUCAGGCUCCGGCAGCGGCUGCAGUCGCUCCGCGCCUACCUGUUCAGCUGCCGGGCAACCGUCGCCGAGGACCUGCGCCGCCGGAUUUUCCCCCGGGAAUACCUGCUCCAGCACAUCCACCUGUACUCCCUGAGUGACCUGCAGCAGGUUAUCGACGGGAAGCUGGCCCCCUUCCUGUCCAAGGUGAUAAAGUUUGCCAGCUCUCACGUGUACAGCUGCAGCCUGUGCAGUGAGAAGGGCUUCAUCUGCGAGCUGUGCCAGAACGGCCAGGUCAUCUACCCCUUCCAGGAGAGCGCCACCAAGAGGUGUGAGGGGUGUGGGGCGGUCUUCCACACAGAGUGUCGGAUGCGUGCCCAGCCCUCGCGGUGUGUGCGCAGGGAGCUGCACCAGAAGCCCUCGUCCUUCUGGAAGAGUCUCGAGCACGACAGCCCCACCGACGACACCUUCAGCUCCUUCCAGCCGCCCUACCAGGACACCUGAGCCGGGCCGGGCCCCAGAACGGCCCGGUCCCCGCGAGACGGCCCGGGUCCCCCACGAGUAGGGUUUUAAACAGGCGACGCACAGAGAGACAUACAACAGCUUUGAUCGAUGAGAGGAGUGUGUGUAUGUGUGUAUACAGCUCUCAGUGUCUCGGUGCUAGACCUCCUGGAUGUUUACUGGAGUUGGGAGGGGGGGGGGUGGACUCUGGACAUGUCUGACUGUGAAACCACCUCACCUGAGAGAGAGAGAGAGAGAGAGAGAGACACAGAGACACACACAGACAUUUCCCCAGCUCUCUCCAGACACACUGCUCUAUCCGUAAUGAGGCCCAAAUUACCCUCCCCUUUCAUCUAGAAAA